AGUUGUUGGAUAAUGUCGUCAGUAUUUCGUUCAUUCAGUUAUUUAUUUUAUUGCAUAUAUCGAGUAAAAGUGUUAUUGAAUAUCAGGGUUGAUCGGUUAUGAAAAAUCAUGGAUACGCAUAAAUAAAAAUCUGUCGGAGAUUUCAAUUUUCGUAUUUAGAGAAUAUAAAUAGAUUAUUAUGAUAAGUCAUUAUUUCUCUUUUUGUUUGUGAUUGUGUAUUACUUUGAUAAUGAUUCGUUAGCGCUAAUGUGGUAUGGCCCUUGUUACAAUACGUCGUUCUCCAAGUGUGCAGCCACCAAGGAAAACGGAUGAGGCAGAAAAAUCAAGCGAUUGUACUGAAGAGGAUGUGGGAAACCGCGUCAGCAAGAGUCUCAAUGAGUGCUACUUUGCUAACAAGGGAGCGGCCCUGGUGCUGGGAGGGUCAGAGCGAGGUUGUGCAGACCAGACGCAGUCACCAGCGCGCGCUCAUCCUCAGCCAGACAUACAGCAUCACCUUCAAUCCAUGUUUUAUUUAUUGCGACCCGAAGAGACUCUCAAAAUGGCGGUGAAAUUGGAGAGCGCUCACGCAGGCCGCACACGUUUCCUGGUAGUGGUCUGUCACAACGAUGAGGCGGCACUGCUCGGUAUCGACUGCAAUGAGCGCACCACCGUCGGUCUCGUGCUCCGAGUCCUCGCUGACACCUCCAUCAAACUUGAUGGUGACGGAGGAUUUAGUGUAUGUGUGUGCAAUCAACAGCACAUAUUCAAGCCGGUGUCUGUGCAAGCCAUGUGGUCAGCGCUUCAGACGUUACACCGCGCGAGCGGUCGCGCUCGGGAACUCAACCACUUUGCAGGUGGUGCAUCCCACAUGUGGUGUUCAUACUACGAGCGGCAUGUCGACUCCGACCGAUCCUGCCUUAACGAGUGGCACGCAAUGGACUGCAUCGAGUCCCGCCGCCCGCCUUCGCCAGACUCGCUGAGGCACAAGCCACGGCAAAGGGACGAAACAGAAUGCGUGAUUCGUUGCACAUUGAAGGAGAUCAUGAUGAGUGUGGAUUUAGACGAAGUGACAAGUAAAGCGAUACGCGGCCGGCUAGAGGAUGAAUUAGACAUGGAUCUUGCAGAAUACAAAUCUUUUAUUGACCAAGAAAUGCUUACUAUACUGGGUCAGAUGGACGCGCCCACUGAGGUGUUUGACCACGUCUAUCUCGGAUCUGAAUGGAACGCAAGUAAUUUAGAAGAAUUGCAAAGAAAUGGGGUCAGGCAUAUAUUGAAUGUAACUAGAGAAAUCGAUAACUUCUUCCCUGGAAUGUUUGACUAUUUAAACGUGAGAGUGUAUGACGAUGAGAAGACUGAUCUACUCAAACAUUGGGAUAACACAUUUAAGUACAUUAACAAAGCCAGAAAUGAAGGCUCGAAAGUACUAGUUCACUGUAAGAUGGGUAUUAGUAGAUCCGCAUCGGUUGUAAUCGCUUAUGCCAUGAAAGCGUUCAAUUGGAAUUUUGAAAAAGCUUUGAAGCAUGUGAAGGCUAAGAGGAAUUGUAUCAAACCUAACACAAACUUUUUGAAUCAACUCGAAACCUACCAGGGGAUUCUCGACGCUAUGAAAAAUAAAGAAAAGUUGCAGCGGUCUAAAUCAGAAACCAAUUUGAAAUCACCUAAGACGGCGUUGAAGAAUGAAACAAAAGUGAUGGACCCGACGCCCCUGGUGUUGGCAUUGACGGGAUCGUAUAUGGGCCGACCUCGGUCUUGGUCGCCCGAUACCAAAUUGGCUUCGGAGCUUUUGCCGCCGACUUCUGUCUCGCUUGAAAAUUUAGCUUCUGAACACAGACACAUGCUUAUGCCCUAUGCCAACGGAAGUUACAGCGUCUCACCGAAUCAAAUUAUAAGGUUAAAAGAAGAAGGAGCUCCGUCAGUCAAACACAUAGUUAAUGAAAUCGAAAACGCAGCGUCGGGCGAACGAAGAGAUUUUAGAAGAUAUCAGAGAUUGAAUUUCGGUAACACAAACGAACCGCCCAGCAAUAGAUUGUCCGACGCGUCCGGCGGUUCGGUCGUUCAACUUUCGGACGUACCGAAUAGACCCCCGCAAACUUCGCCUUCGAAAAGUACGAAUCAAAAAUGCGUCCACUCCGAUUUAGAAAACGACAAGAUCCACACGUGGGAUCCGGGGGAAGCGGCGCCCGAUCGAAGCGAAGACAACAGAAAUAGUGAUAAUAUAGUGAAAAGUGAUAGUGGAAUCGUAGACGUGAAAAGUAAACAGAGUGAUGCCUUUUCAAAUUCAUUGGAACGGAAUUCGGAGAGUGAGAACCGACGAGGCGAGGAGGACGCGCCGCCGCCGAGUCGGCAGAGCUCUUGGAGUUCGUCCGACAGCGCAGUGGUGGCGGAUCUGGCGCGGCCCACGUGGGGCCCGAGCGAGCCCGCGCGCCGGCUCAAGGACAAACCGGACGGCCUCAAGAAGGAGGAGGAGCGCUCCGCCUCCGACCUGGCCAUCAUCACCGAGCACGCGGAGGCCCGGCCCGUGCGCGCCCCCUUGUCCGACAACGUGCGCAAGUUCAACGAGACGUGUGCCAUACUGAAGGAGCUCGCGACCGCGGCGGCGCGCAUCGAGCGGUCGCGCGGCCGGGGCGCGUGCACGUGGGGCGGGCGCCUGUCGGCGUCGGCGCCGGCGGACACGUGGCUGCGCUCCGGCCUGCGCCGGCGCCGGCCCGCCGCCGCCUCGCACGGCGACCUGCGCGCGCAGCCCGAGCCCGCGCCCUCGCCCGCCGGCCUCGUCAGCAACCUCAAGAAAGAGUUCGAGGCGCGCUCCGAGGGUGAUUCGCUGCGUCGCUCCAAGUCGCGGGGCCGCGCUCCGCUCGCGUCGCCGCCCGAGGAUCUCUCCGUGAAGGUUCUCGUGGACCGGUACGACCAGCCGGGCCGCUCCCGCUGCGAGUCCGCGAGUGAGGGCCCCAAGAAGUGUAAGCUAGCGGAGGGCGAGGGCCGCGCGCGAGUGCGGAACUCAUUCUGUGGCACGCUGCGGGGCGGGGCGGGCGUGGAGCGGCCGCCGCUCGCGCCCACGGUGGUCGCGCUCGCGCCACUGGACUACUCUAAUGUGGUGGUAUCAACUGUGAUGUCGAAAGCUCAAAACAAAAAACAAUUGCAACACGGAAAGACCCAUCCGUUGACGAGGCUCAACUUGAAUCGGUCGAAUAAUAGAUGUUCAAAUCCUGUAUAUAAUACUAUGUAGAAGUAUUUAUGUUUUUUAUUUAUUAUGAAUUCUUGCCAAACUCGAUAUUUUAUCUUUCUAGAGUUUUAUAACUAUUUACAAAAUGAAAUCACAGUGUAUUUGUCUAUCACGUAAAUUGUAUUAAACGGCUGUUUGUACGUAGCGAAAUGUUACAAGAGAGAAUAAAUUCAAAAUAGAACUGAUGUACAACUUUUAAGCUUGUCUCUUAUUUACUGCCUGUGUCGACAAACACAUGUUUCUGUAACAUUCUAUCACACAUUGUAAAUGUCUUGUCGUUCUAGCUCAUGAAUUUAUUUUCUAUAUAAAAUAUAUAUUUAUAAGUUAUUUAUAUAUAAAGACUCGGUCGAGUAUUAAAAUGGACCAUGCACGUUUCUUCUGUUGUUUACCUUUGACACUUUAGUCAAUC